AUGAGGGAAAAAGGUGUAUCAGAAAAAUAUGUGAGGAUUGUAAGUGAUAUGUGUAGAGAAGCAACAACACAGGUAAGAAGCUCAGUGGGAACAACAGAGAAGUUUGAGGUGAAAGUUAGACUCUACCAAGGCUCUGCCCUGAGUCCCUACAUCUUUGAUAUGGUAAUGAAUGUGAUAGUGGCUGGAGUGAAAGAUCAGGUGCCUUGGAGUGUACUCUGUGCAGAUGACAUAGUGUUAGUAACCACCAGUGUGCUAUGUGACAAAAGAUUUAAAGUAAAGCUGAAGGAGAAAAUGUACAAGAGCAUUGUCAGACCUGCAUUGAUGUACAGUAGUGAAACAUGGCCCUUGAAGAAAGCACAGGAGAGAGUGAUGGAAGUGGCAGAAAUGAGAAUGUUACGUUUAUGUGCUGGUGACAAGAAGAGACAGGAUAAGAAAUGA